AUGAUAGAACUGAAAACACUUAGUAAACACUGGCCAAACAAUGAUGCUAUACAUUCAUUGAUAGGCGAUAAAGGCGUGAAUCUUAACUUCGUAGGAUUAAUUAUCAUGGGUUCAUUGAUUGGUUUUCUACUGUCCAAAAUACCGGUGGCAACUGUUGUACUGCUCGGCAUCUUCUUGGGUAUUUUAUGCUAUUUUUUGUAUCGAAAGGUAAAAGCGAUAGGAGACUGGCCAAAUGCAACCGGAACUACCUAUCGAUUUCCUUUCGGUGAUGUACGAGCAAUACAAGAAAGUCCCGAUGGACGUUAUCUGCUCAAUCUAUGGAAGAAACUCGGCUCACCUGAAAUCUAUCGAAUUUGGUUUGGCCCAUCACCGGCACUAAUGUUAGCUCAUCCCAAUGUUGUCCGACAAUUUUGGCAACAACAUGACGAAACAUCGAUUGACCGUAUUGUCAAACUCGGUUGGCCAUUAUUAAUGAUUAUGGGCGAAGGUAUGGGUUUCAAAGCAUAUCAAAACCGGAACCGUAUCAAUCGAUUUUUCCACGCUUGUUUCGGAAUAAAACAAGUAAAAUACUUUGAAAAUAGUUACGAAGAUCAGAUUGAUCUUUUCAUGCAACGCUUUGACUCUCAUGUGGCUGAAGCAAAAGGUGCAGCUGUGGACGUAGCUAAUGAACUUCGUUACUUAUCGCUCGAUGCCAGUAUAGAUUUAUUUGUGGGAGCGAAGGGUAAGAAAUAUUUAGACCAACUGCAUGAACUUGUCGAUGAAUUAGCAACACUUAUGACUGUGACAUUCAAUGCUCGGUAUAUCAAUGUUCCCGGCUUACAAUGGUUUUUGCCGGAGACGUAUCGACUUCGAUAUGACAUCUGGACUUUUCGGAAAAAGUGGCAUGAGUUACUUCGUACACUUAUGCGUGAAUAUGAGGAAGAGGGAAAUAUAGAACAAAGUGCAGAAGACGAUUCAAUACUUGUACACUACAUUCGAAUGCAGAAGACAAAUGACAAAAGUGAAAUUACAUUCGAUGAAUUAUCGGAUACGAUGAUUGAAGGUUUUCUCGCUCCACUGGAUGGUGUCGCCGCUACAUUCGCAAACACACUUAUCCUCUUAGCGCUGAAUCCUGAUAAACAAACAAAAGCACGCGAACAAAUCCGUGAACGACUAGCAUUUGGAAACGAGAAAACCAUUACAUUAGCCGAUCUCGACGGAUUCAAAUACCUUGACCAUGUUCUGUCUGAAUGCCAACGUCUAUUACCUAUCUUUGUUUUCAAUGUUCCUGAGUUAGCCAGCCGUCAAAUGACAUUGAAGGACGUAACAAUACCAAAGGAUACAUUAGUGAUGUACGAUGUUCAAACGUUGAAUCGGCAUGAGGAUGUUUGGCCUGACCCAUUAUCUUUUCAGCCAGAACGCUUUGAAUGUUUAAAUGAUAAACAACGUAAAGCCUUGCAUGGAUUUGGUAAUGGACGAAGUCGACGAUGCCUUGGUGAACAUUUCGUGCCUCUUCUUCACAAGCUCCUUAUUGCGCGUAUCCUUCUCACUUAUCAAUUGGAACCAUGUAGUAACGAACGUGAUAUUGACAGAUUGCCAAGAGUCAAGCGGCCUUUCAUUUAUGUACCUCAUGUCAUACUAAAAUUUAUUCCAAUCGACAACACAAAUUAA